UGGGACAUGGUGCACACGAGUUAGGGGCUUUCCGGUUGGGGGCUUUCCGGUUGGGUGGGGGAAGGAGCCGGGGAAACAGAGUGUGCCUUUGUGAGGGUGUGUGUGUGUAUGCCGCCAGUCUGUGUGCAGUGGGUGUGGGUGUUUGUCUCCCUGUAUCCGCCUUCUCUCUCCUCCUGGACUUUUAGCCUUCCUGGGCUCUCCUUCCUCAUGUCCUGCCUCCUCCCUCUGAAGGCUCAAAGUGGAUGCCCUUGUGGACAAGGGGGGCACACUCCAGGACUUAGUCCAACCCCAGAUGCCGCCUGAGGCUUCCCUCCUGCUCCCCCUCCCUUUCUUUCCUCCCUCUCCUCCCUCCCUCUCUUUCCCUUCCUCCCUCCCCCCCAAGGCUGGCGUGCCAGGGGGUGGGACAUGCCAAUCACUGGCUGUGCCUCUCCCGCUGCCAGCACAGGGCGCAGCUCCCCCCGGGAGCCAGGUGUUUGGGUCCCAGGAGACGCUGCAGGCCCCCGGAGAAACAGUGAAGCUGAGGACCCCACAGACCCCUCUCCGGUCCCAUGGGCACCCUGAAUCCCACCUCCCCGAUCCACCUUCAGCCCCCCAAGAUGGAUUGAAUGAGGCUGCUGGCCAGAUGGACAAGCUGAAUGCCAAGGUGAUGUCCUUUCUCUGAGGAAAAGCUGUGACUGGAGGAAGGGGCUGCCCCUUCACCCCACCUGGCUGAAAUGAACACCUCAGCGCCCCCUGCUGUCAGCCCCAACAUCACUGUCCUUGCACCAGGAAAGGGUCCCUGGCAAGUGGCCUUCAUCGGGAUCACCACAGGCCUCCUGUCUCUGGCUACAGUGACGGGUAACCUGCUGGUACUCAUCUCCUUCAAGGUCAACACAGAGCUCAAGACAGUCAACAACUACUUCCUGCUGAGCUUGGCCUGUGCUGACCUCAUCAUUGGCACCUUCUCCAUGAACCUCUACACCACAUACCUGCUCAUGGGCCACUGGGCUCUGGGCACACUGGCCUGUGACCUCUGGCUGGCCCUGGACUAUGUGGCCAGCAAUGCCUCCGUCAUGAAUCUUCUGCUCAUCAGCUUUGACCGUUACUUCUCAGUGACCCGACCCCUGAGCUACCGAGCCAAGCGCACCCCGCGAAGGGCAGCUCUGAUGAUCGGCCUGGCAUGGCUGGUUUCCUUCGUCCUCUGGGCCCCAGCCAUCCUCUUCUGGCAAUACCUAGUUGGGGAGCGGACAGUGCAGGCCGGGCAGUGCUACAUCCAGUUCCUCUCCCAACCCAUCAUCACUUUCGGCACCGCCAUGGCCGCCUUCUACCUCCCUGUCACCGUCAUGUGCACGCUGUACUGGCGCAUCUACCGGGAGACGGAAAACCGAGCCCGGGAGCUGGCAGCCCUCCAGGGCUCUGAGACACCAGGCAAAGGUGGCGGCAGCAGCAGCAGCUCGGAGAGGUCACAGCCAGGGGCCGAGGGCUCACCCGAGUCACCUCCGGGCCGCUGCUGUCGCUGCUGCCGGACACCCAGGCUUCUGCAGGCCUACAGCUGGAAAGAGGAAGAGGAAGAGGACGAAGGCUCCAUGGAGUCCCUCACGUCCUCUGAGGGCGAGGAACCCGGCUCAGAAGUGGUGAUCAAGAUGCCCAUGGUAGACCCUGAGGCACAGGCACCAGCCAAGCAGCCCCCCAAAAGCUCCCCAAAUACAGUCAAGAGGCCCACCAAGAAAGGCCGAGACCGAGGCGGCAAGGGCCAAAAACCCCGAGGGAAGGAACAACUGGCCAAGCGAAAGACCUUCUCACUGGUCAAGGAGAAGAAGGCGGCUCGGACCCUGAGUGCCAUCCUGCUGGCCUUCAUCCUCACCUGGACACCAUAUAACAUUAUGGUGCUGGUGUCUACCUUCUGCAAGAACUGUGUUCCCGAGACCCUGUGGGAGCUGGGCUACUGGCUAUGCUACGUCAACAGCACCAUCAACCCCAUGUGCUAUGCACUCUGCAACAAAGCCUUCCGGGACACUUUCCGCCUGCUGCUGCUCUGCCGCUGGGACAAGAGGCGCUGGCGCAAGAUCCCCAAGCGCCCUGGCUCUGUGCACCGCACCCCCUCCCGCCAGUGCUAAUGGCCCCCCUCUCCUGCAUCCUUCCACCCCAGCUCCAGGGAGAGGCCAGUGGAAAGUGUCCCGGGGCUGUAUCUUCAGCCCCAGGGCCUGCUCAGGCCUCCCCUGGCUUCCCAGGGCCCUGGGUCACCUUCCUGGUCAGCCCAGAGAGACUGUUAGCUUUCCAAACUUUGCUAUUCCCAGACAGGGAGCGAAACCCGGGGAACUGGUUUUUCUGUUCCCUGCUGUGUGGGAAUAGACUAUUCACCAGGAAGAAGGCCCAGGAGGAGGAUCCGGGCUUUGGACUCUGUUUGCGUUUAAGCAGGAAGUCAGGAGUCAGCAGGGCGGGCCAGUAGUUUAACGGUGCAGUCUUCCUUGGCCCGGCAGGGGGCCCAGAUUGCCAUGAGAAAUAGCGCCCCCUGGACCUACAGGUGGGAACUGACACCAAGUUUGGGGCGGAGGGAGCUGGUGACCUCUGGCUGGAGAUCCCCUCCAUGCACAGGCAUAGCCCAUCCAGGUAGACCCUAGGCACACUCUCCAGGAUCGUCCAGUCUCCCUACAAAUGUCCCCAGGUCAUCCCGAUGUGAGUAACCUCCAAGGCAAAUGUCCAAGCGUGAGCAGGACAAUGAUACCAGAGGAGACCAGCUUGGCUAGACACACCAAGUCCCGAAGCUGCAGCAGGACCAGAUGUCAGGUGUCCUAACUGGCCCACUAUGCCUCUUUCGGGGGGUGGGGCGGGGAGGGGGGAGAUAAGGUGCCUGCUAUCCAGUCCUACGCCCAUCCUCCUCUUUCCCUGCCCCAAAGUAACCUCGGUCCAUCCCUCUUGGCUCACAGCCAUCACCUGGGUGGAUCUGCUCUGGGUGGAUCUAACCAGGCCUCCCGCAUGCUGCCUGCCUCCAGCCUUGCCCCAUACAGGCCUACCCAGCCAGCAGGUUCUCUUCUGUAAACUCCCAGUCCAACCCAUGCAUGGCCUCCCUGCCACCCUGAUCUCCAGGCCCUGCCUGGCUCCAGAUGUUCUCUCCUUCCAUCCUCAGCAUAUGCUGAGUCUGUGAAUAAAAGCCACGUAACCAGCGGGCACUUA